AAAUAAUAAUUAUUAAUAAAUUAUUUAAUAAAAAUUUUAUAUAUUUUUAAAAAAUUCAUAUAGUAAACAGUGAAGAAACAGUAUAACAAAAUUCAACAUUUUGUAUUAUUUGAAUUUUUUCUAAAAAGAUUUCUCCAAGUGUUAUUUUUUCGAUAAUACAAUGUAUUAACAAUUAAAUGAAAAAUAAUAUAAUUUAAAACAAUAAUCAUGUCAGAAGUAAAUAGAAAGCCAGAUACAAAAAAAAGAAAAGAAAUGUUAUAUGAAACAUUAUUCUUGACUGGAAUAGCAGGAAUUUCUGCUAUGAUUGGUUUUUUUAAUGCUUUAGCAUCAGUUAAGAAACAGGAUAGUAAACAUUUUGAUAUUGGAUUUAUGGGAGGAAAAGGUCUUCAAGAAUCUGGUGCAGCACUUGCUACAAGAGCUUUAUUAUGGGGUUCUGCAUGGGCAGUUAGUGGUUGUAGUAUACUUUUUUAUGGAAUUUGGAAACUAUCUGGAGCUACUAAUGCUAAAGAGUUUCGAUUAAAAGCUGGAAAUAUUUUACCAAAAAUACCAAAAAAUGAUCCUCCUCAAAGUAGAACUGAAUUUGAAAAUCUUACAGAUUUAUUAAAAUAUGUUUCAGAAGAAUGGGGUAAAGAAAAAUAAUUUUGUUUACAUUAUAUAUAUAUGUACAUAUAUAAAUAAGAAAGAAUAUAAUUGUUUUGCUCAUCUUCGCACAUCUAACAUUUGAUCUAUAAGUUUAUAAAACAAGAAUAGAAUUGCAUUCAUAAAAAGUUAGUUUCAAAUAUCUAUACGUAAAAUAAAUUUAAAAUCUUGUAUUGUUUAUUUAUUAUGUAAAAAUUAAUAUUUAUAAUAUAUUAUUAAUAAAUAAUAAAAAUUUGAUUUAUAAUA